GAGGUGCCUCGUCGCCCCGGCAACCAGGGCGCGCUCCGCACCCACUUAGCACUUGGUUCCCUCAAUGCCGUAGAGCUGGCGGCCCAGGAGGAAUCGCGGAGUCAAGAAAAUCUCUGCCACACACCUCUGUCGACUGCUGAAGUGUAUAAGAUAAACUUCAUAUUUCCAAAUGGAGACAAGUAUGAUGGUGACUGUACAAGAACAUCUUCUGGAAUCUUUGAGAGAAAUGGAAUAGGUAUUCAUACCACUCCUAAUGGGAUUGUCUACACAGGAAGCUGGAAAGAUGACAAGAUGAAUGGUUUUGGAAGACUUGAGCAUUUUUCGGGAGCAGUGUAUGAAGGACACUUUAAGGACAAUAUGUUUCAUGGACUGGGGACAUAUACAUUUCCAACUGGGGCAAAGUAUACUGGAAACUUCAAUGAAAAUAGGGUGGAAGGUGAAGGACAAUAUACUGAUAUCCAAGGACUAGAAUGGUGUGGUAACUUUCAUUUCACUGCUGCUCCAGGCCUGAAACUAAAGCUCCACAUGUAGUAUAUUCUGCAUUAAAGUUUUAAUGUGGUAACUGAAGCUUUUAGUUAUAAAGAAAACUUAGUCAUCUGAAAUAACUUCAUACACUACCUCUGUAUCAUAAUUUUGCCAAUAAAACCAUCAUUCAACAUCUUUUUGAAC